UUUUUGUUUUGAAACGAUUCUUGAAAAGUGGGUCGAAAUCUUGUCAAAAACAUUUACUAUCGUUGUUUGUUGUUGAAAUAAUUGGUCCGAAUCGGAAAGCCAUUGAACAUGGACUUAUUCACGAAGGAUGAGGACACCGUUCACCGGGAGGCGUUGUGGAAAACAGUAGCGCAUCAUAUUGAAGCUGUGCCGGUUGAACUAAGGAAAGCCUUGGAGGAAAGAAAAUUCGAUCGGCUCAUAAUUCUGGGAAAUCUGGAUGAGCAUGCCAUCGGAAGUCUCCCGUUGGAUGUAGGUCCGAAGAUUUUCCUUGGCUACAUGGUAAAACGCAUCCGAGAAUUAACCAUCCCGUUUUUGAAUGCGGAUUUAAACAGUCGCGUUGGUUCCCAUCGUUCGGUGGAUAUAACACCGAACCAGAAAACCAUGAAGAAGCGAAAGCAUACGCCCACUACUUCUGCGGGAAGCUCGAUGCUCGGCUCGAUGGAAAGUGAAGCCGAUUUUAACGCUAGCGUGUAUCAGAACCGGAUUGCAGUUCUCGUCGCAAAUUUCUUGAACACAAAAUCGGUGCCAGGUCAGGUGAAACCCGGAGAUGUUCAAGUAAUUGUGUCCAAAAAUGAAGCAGAGCCUCCGGUAGCAAAAGUCGUUUGCGUCAGCUGUAAAUUGCCGUGCAAUGUUGCCUUGACCGAAGCACGACCUGGCGUGUUCCACCCAACACUAUCUAAUUUCUUCAAACACUACACCAAGUCACAUCCAAAGUAUACUCCUCCGGUCAUGAAUAAGGACAUCCGGACAGCUUUUACUCGAACCAAGAAGGAAAAUGACCUCUUGGAGUCAGACGUUCCCGGCGAAGGCGUUUUGGAGGUAGACGUUCCCGGCGAAGGCGUUUUGGAGGAGUAUCUAGCCGAGGAAAUCGAACCAGGAAACGAAGCAGUCACUAUCGAGAUUCUGGAUGCUAGCAAAGCUGUCGUUGUUGACUCACAGUUAAAAGUCGCAAGUCGGUCUCGAUCAGAAAAUCGGAAUUGGAUGCUCGUUCGUGAAAUCGAUUCUAAUCAGCCAUUAAUCACAAGCUAUUAUGAGUGCACUCAACGAAUCGUUAAUAUAGCUGAACAACUCCAAACCGAUUCGAGUUCGGGACGGUCGUCUAAUUCUACACCAUGUAUCCUGGAUAUUGAAACGACUUCUAAUACGGCUUCACCUAGUAUGAAAUCUAAACUCCUUCUGGAGCUCGUAAAUCUCUUCAAUGUCAGCGGGAAAAGGAUCAAAUUUGCAGAUGAGUUUAAGACGUAUUGCACCUACAUGUAUAUUUUAGCAGGACCGAAGGCUUAUAAUACGCUUAAAUCAACAUUGCCGUUAAUUUCGUUGAGAACUGCACAAAAACAUCUACACAAAACUAUUGAUCGAGUUAAAGAAGGGGAAUUGCGAGUUGAGCAGCUGAAGAAAUUUUUGGAACUCACGGAUUCUCCACCUGUUGUUUGGCUAUCCGAGGAUGCAACGAGGCUAGUUUCUAAAUUACAAAUCGAUCCUGCUUCUGGAAAUAUAAUUGGAACUCUUCUGCCGAAAGAUGAUGAGACAGGAAUGCCUGUAUUAUUACAGAGAGACCUUGAAAGUGUUUCACAGAUGAAAAAAGAAUUGAACUCCUCCACACUGACCAUCAACGCCGUAGUCACUAUAGCUAGACCCUUAAAAAAAGGUGCCCCACCUUUCUGUUUGAUGGUUGUGGGAUGUGAUAAUAAGUUUACUGCAGCACCAGUAACCAAACGACGCAUAUUCGUAAUAGAGAAACUAAAUUCUGUUGGUAUAUUAGUUCCAGGAAGCUCUUCAGAUGGCGAUUCACGAUAUACAUGUUCUCAAAAACAAUUCUGUGGAAUGUACAAAAAUAUGCAACUAACGAAUGUACCAGCAGACUGGAUCCAUUGGUUCAAUACUCCAUUUGAGAAUGAUUACGGUCACCACUGCAUUCAAGACACUGUGCAUAUCAUGGGCAAGAUGCGAAACAAUUUGUUCAACUCAGGAAGUGGUAUAAGAAUAGUGGUAUAG